UUGCGUAUUUGUAGUUGUAGGAUUAUGCUAUGUAAACAAUCUGGUUUCUCAAUUCUUCUUUUGGUUAUUCCUUUUAUUUUGUUUUAGCUAAUAUUGUAAGAUAAACGAAUGUGGUAUUUAAUUUGGAUGGAUAUUUUCGCUCCUUUCGUUUUUUUCAUAAUUUAUUCUAUUUUGCCAUGCCAUACGGUAGCCUAUGACAACAAAGUUUCGAGUUUUCAAUCUCACCACGAUGAUUCAUCCGCCAAGUCUAUUCCUCUUUUUAAAAGAGAAGUUGAUGGCAAUUCAAGUCAAACACAGAAUUUAAAUGCUUCAGAUAACAAGACUGUUGUUGUAGAUUUAUUAAAUAAUCGAACAUUUCCUCAAAUAAAACGACCAAUUACAAAUGGGGAAGUAAAUGUCACUCAUAGCUUACCGGCAUGGAUGGAUACUAUAAACAGUGGAGCACUCCAGAGAACGGGUUUUGUUGCUUUGGCUUUCAUGUUAAUUAUUGUCAUCAUUUUUGUCGUCAGAGGCAUAAGACUUCGUCAUAAGAAGAGUAAAAGUCGCAAAUAUGGUAUUAUUACAUCUACAGAUAUGGAAAUGGAACCCUUAGAUAAAGAUGAUGAUGAUGAAGAGGAGACGACACUGUUUGAUGCUCAACACAAGUAUUCACUACAGUGAAUAAGAAAAUUUCAGUUAUUUUUUUGAUUGAUAGAUUUUUCUAUUUAAAAAUGUGCCUGUCCCCUUUUAAACAAAAAUUUUAAGUUUAUUCUAAUUUAGUAUCUAAAGGAUAGAAAUGAAAAAAAGAUUGUAUUAUUAAAUAUUUGAACCUUUUUUUUUUAAAUUUUUAAUGAAAUUCAUAUGCUCAAAAAUAGAUGUUGAUGAUAAAUAUGAUCUUAAGUAGCAGUAAUUUCAUAUUCUGUAUGAUCUUACUUUAAUAUUAUUCUUCAUAUGUAAAUUUCUGUAAAACUUACUUAUAAUUUAUUUAUAUUCAGAAAUCUAUGCAUUCCAUACUGAGUAAUUUAAACAGUAUUUUUCAAUUGAUAUUUCUGUAACAUGUCUAUGUAUAUUUGCACAAGUACAAAAUUCACAUAUUGUAAUAAGGAAACAUAUAUGUUAGAAUAUUAAGUUUGAUUUUAUUUUUUUAAGACUUGUUAUUGAUUUCUUGAGAACUAUCUUAAGAAAACAUUUAUAAUUUUACAUUUUUUUCCCCCUACUUAUAUUUUUAUUUCAACAUGUGGAAUCUAGUCGUAGUUUUUAUUUGCUUACACUGAAAUAUUAUGCCAUUUUUACUUUCUUCUUUUGUGUAUUUGUGCUUAAUUAUUAUUUAUAUUGAAUUUAUUUUAAGAAGAAAAUGUUACUAUACAUGCUGUUUUUAUGUAUGCACUUAUAAUUUAGCUUUUUGUGAUUUUUGUUAAAAAAAAUUUACUUAUAGUAAAUGUUUGCAUAUGGAUAUAUUUUUAAAAUUAAAGAUUAUAAAUUAUUAUUGUUCGAUACUUUUUAAUGUUUUUUCCCUUGUUUGUGUUUUGCUUUCCAAUGAAAAAUUAUUAGAUGCCUUCAUUUUUUUCUGUGCAUAUAAGUGUGUAUGUUGUAAACUGUUUUUAUGAAAUACUUGACAAAAGAUCUUAUUACAGUUUUGAAUUUGAAAAAUUUUUGAUAAAAGCCUUUUAUUUAAAAUAUUAGCUAUAAAAAUUCCUAAGUUGUUGCUAAAGGUAAAUGGUUCAUUAAGUUAUUAAUUUAAAAUUAUAUUUUUUCUCUUUUGAGAUAUUAUGUUUUAAAAUUGAACAGGAUAUGAAUUCAAGAAGAAAUUUGAAUUUUUAUUCUGAAAUAUAAUUUUUAGUCAUUUACUUAGUUGUUUUGUAUUUUUUUGAUAAUUUUAUUCGUUUUGGACUGCCAAAAUACUUUUUCA